ACUUGGUGUCUUUGGGCAGUUUGGACAGACUGAAGAUGCAUAACAGAGCUGGAGGUUGUUUUUGGAAACAGAUACCAACUCAAAGAAGAGGAUGCAGCAGGAGGAGAAGAUGAUCUGCAGGAUCCUGCUGCUCAUCAUCCUCACCUCAUGUGUCUCUGCAGGAUCAUUUGUAGUCAAUGUGACACAGACCUGCUAUCAGGCAGAGGAGAACCACAACAUCACACUGGAGUGGACGUUCACCACCAAACCUGACAGAUCCUGGACCUACAUCUUCAUCCUCUGUAACCUGAUAACUGAGGAUAAACUCUCAGUCCUGUAUCAUGUUCAUGAAGGUGUUGAGGUGUCAGAGUCUCAGGAUGCAAAGUUUUCAGGACGAGUCCAGAGUGACAAAGACGCCCUCAGAGAAGGACGAAUCAGACUUCAACUGUCCAGACUCAGGACUGAUGACUCGGGUCUGUACCUGUGUGAGGUCAACACUGAUUAUGGCUUCAGUGUUGGAAGAUGUCGACUAAACGUCACUGGUGAGAUUAUGCAGUAAAACAUUGAUAUCAUGUUUAGCAGUACUUUGCAUAAAUAGAAAUGCUCUGUUUGUGCUUUACAAAUUUGUUGUGAAAUGAAUUCUAAUAUUUGUUCUUUAAAAAAACAAACAAAAAAACCCUUAAAUGAAUUAAAUUUGUUUGAUCUCUCUUCAGCACUGCCGGAUUGUUCUGAAUGUGAGAGAAAACCGGAGACAUCAAACACAGAAAUUCAACAAUUCACAGGUGUCUACUGUGGACUGUCAGCAGUUGUGCUACUUUUCUGCUGCUUUUCUUUCAUUUACUAUCUGCAUAGAAAACAGAAUUUUUACUCAAAGCUCAGUGAUGCAUGUCAGUCAGUUUCCAGAUGAUCAGUAGAAACAGUCUGACAUGUUUUCCUUUAAGUGCUCUUUGCAAGUGUUACAUAGGGCCAGAAAUCGAAAAAUUACCAAGUCAAUCUUUUUUUUAAAUGACAUUUAAAAUGUCAUGGCCAUGAGAUAAAAGCUCUAAUGCAUUUCAGUAUACAAACCUUCAAAGUUGUAUUUUGCACAGGUGAUAUUAAACUGUCAAUGUGGUGAGACAUCCCUUUUCCCAGAGUUGAACAUCAUAAAGGUAAGACUCGUAUAAGCUAAAAAACUGCAAUGAUUCAAUGAAAUCUGUUUAACAUCCUGAUGGAUGUACUCAUGUAGGUUCAAGCUGAUAAAAACUGCAUUUUAGUUGUUAUGUAACAGAGAGUGCAUUAGGACACAUGCUGGUCUGAGAAUAAGUGUCAUGAUACACAAUAAUGGACAUCAAAUGGAAGUUUUUUAUCCUCUGUUUUUUGUUUGUUUGUUUAAGACACAUCAUCAUAUUGUCACUCAUCAGACAGAUGAUGAAAUGUGCACUGUGUUCACUUUACGGUAAUCAUGCAGGGAAACACCUCUACCUCACGCAGCACGUGCAGAUAUAAAUUCAGUGUUGAAUGUUUUUACUGUUGUAAUGUUAAAAGGAUUCAGAUUAAUCAUGUUAACAAUGAUGACGAUCUGAUGUGUUGUAAACUGUCAUGGAGUUGUGUGUAGCAAAGGACAUUAUACAUCAAUAUUAUGUACAUAUCAUGUAACCAACAGACAUCUCUACAGGUUCACUUAUAUCUGUGUUAAAUUUAGAGUUAAACACAGCUGGUAGAGCUCCUGUAGCUCUCAGUCCAAUGUACAAAAAAGUCUGUCCCAAAAUCUCUUGAAGUAAAGGUUUAAUGACUUAUUUUGUAAAAAGAAGUCAGACUGUUUGUGUUUCAUUUAUUGUUUCCUCCAUAUAAUACAGAAAACACAGAAAGCCGUAAGGGCUGCUACUUGCUGCAGUCCAACAUAAAGAAAUGGUUCUCCCUUUAAGUUUUUCCUCUAGCUGAUCAGAGGCCACUGUUUGGUGAAAAGCAUCAACAUGUGUAACAUAAAUGUAUAUGGAAUUGGUUUACACUGAAACUGAAGCUGUAGAAUAUCUGGAUUUCAGCUAAUAAUGUUUGUUUUAAUACAUAAUAGAUUUAUAUAUAGUACAUGGAGGGAACCUACGCAAACAUGGGGAGAACAUGCAAACUCCACACAGAAAGACCCCGGCCUGAUGGU